AAGCACAGCCAACGAUCGGCCAGGCAACACGCAUACCAGAGCGUUAACAAAACACACAUGUGCAUACAUACGUAUAUAAUAUAUCAGCAAAAAGCACCGCGAUUGAUGAGGCACGCGCAUAAGGGAGUCCCCUAAAAAGAGUCGACACACACACGUCAUUCUUUUGAAAAUUUGACUACGGAAACAACAACAACAACAGCAACAAAUUGGAUAUACACAAAAAACAUAGAUUAAGCAACCAGCCAUAAAAUCAAUGAACUGUAAAACGGUCUCCACGGCAUAGUGACUAAAUAGUAGCACAAAAGUGGCGAUAGGUGAAUUGUUUAUUUUCGCCUGGUGAUUAACAGUGGAAAGAUACUGAUUUCUACACACAUACACACAUAGAGUAAUCAUGGGCGUGCGAGUAAUUGAAGCAGAUUCGGCGAGCGAUUCGUAUGAUGAUGAGGAGUGUCCCACAUGCAACACGAACCACAAGAGCAAAUCAAGCAGCGCCAAGCGUAGCACCACGGAGCCCACGAAUAUCCACUUGGGCAGCAAGGAUCUGGUUGGCAACUGCAAGGAGUACCGCAUAGAGAACAAUAGCCGCGAUCUACGCAUCAUUGGCAACGGGAAUCGCGUGCGCAUUGUUAACAACUCGGGCAGUCUGCACAUCAUUGGCAACGCGACCAGGCUAAAGAUCCAGCACAAUGCUGGCUACAUCAAGUAUACGGGCAAUGAUGGGCGCAUCUACCUGGGCAGCGACUCCCAGCAGCAGACGGUCGACUACAUUGGCUGCAAUGGGUUGCUGAAGGUAGUCAACUCACUGCAGUUACACGGCAGCAGCAGCAGCAGCAAGUCCAACAGCAAGCGCACUCCUCGCUCCCAGCCAAAGGUGGCCAAGGAUGCGCCGCCGCAGCCAAACAAAGCGCCAUCUUCGCCACGCUUAGGCGUCGAGAUUGACAACAAUCUGACCAUAAUCAAUGGGAUCGCCGGCAACAUUGUGAUUAAGAAUGCGAUAAAUGUGAGCAUUUAGGCUCGCCACGCCCACUCCUCUAUCUCAAGUCCAAAGUUUAAGCUUAGCAAUUUGCCUGCUAGAUUUAUAGACACGAUGACCAGCACGCAUGGUUCCUAUUGUUAUAUAUAAGUAUAUUAGCAUUAGCUAUCUGACUGCCUAACGUGAUUUUGUCAUCGGGCAUUGAAAAGUAUUAUACAUCACUUAAUAAGUGUGCGUAUCUUCACAAUACAUUCAUCAUAUAUGCGUAACUAGCCUAUUUAAUUUUAUAUGUACAUAUGUUUAUGAAG